GACCUCCACCCUCGGACUUUUCCGAGGUACGAUGAUGCAGUCACAGAACUGGGUCGGCGCUCUUUCCAUGGAGUACCCUACAUGAACGCGAACAUGACAGCGGCAGAGUUGACAGAGCAUCCAGCGCAGAUCCCUCAAGCACUUGACAAUCCUUUCCCUUACGGUCCCGAGGUCGAGGCAUCCAAAUCCGCCCCAUACAGCUCAAAGAAAUCAGCACUCGCCUUCUUCCUCCAGGCGACUGGUGCCAACGAUGUGAAGGAGUUGGAAGCCAAGAGCAGGUCAUUGCAGGAAGAAGCCUACAAGCUUUGGCCUUACCCUUGUAUUCGCAGGUGGUCCUUCUUAUCGACCAAAAAUGCUGAACAUCCGAUAUACGAACGUAUUCUGAAGCUUGGAACAGAGUCGAACGCGAUCUUUCUGGAACUCGGAUGUUUCUUCGGCACGGAUUCGCGUCGUUUGACCUAUGAUGGAUGGGAUCCGAGCCGAAUUGUAGGGACAGAUCUGAGGCCGGAGUGGUUCGAGAAAGGCUACGAAUUGUUCUCUGACAAAUCGACGUGCGAGAUCAAAUUCAUCCCAGGUGACAUUUUUGAUUCUGCCCUUUUGCCGACCUCUUUCGAGAGCGGCUCUUCUGCGACGAUCGACGUUGAGACACUCAAGAGCCUCAAUUCCCUUGCACCCCUUCAAGGCCAUGUCCGAGCCAUGUCUGCCUUUUCCUUCUUCCAUCUGUUUGAAGAACAAGGUCAAUUUGAGCUGGCCAAGCGAGUCGCGACCUUGAUAUCCCCCAAAAAGGGAUCCAUCAUCUUUGGUGCUCAUCAAGGAGGAAUCAAAAAAGGCAGUCUGUCUCGAGCCAACAGUCAUGAUCCCAAUGCGACGCGUUUCGUUCAUUCACCCGAGAGUUGGGUAGACAUGUGGGAGACUGAAAUUUUCCCGAGUAGUCGGGAUUCAUCGGUCUCAGACGGGAGCAUCCGAGUCAAAGCGACGGCCAAGCUGGUAGAACGGUCAGGCCCCAUACAGCCUAAUUCCACCAGUACCAUGGGUUGGAUCAUAGAGGUGUUGUAAUGUCCUUCCAGCCAUGUCCAAGUGCAUGUUCGAGAGCAUUUCUCAUCAGCAUUAGAGAGAGAGAGUUGUG